AUGUCUCAAGAUAUCCAAAACUGGUUAUCUCGUCGUCCACCACCAGGUCUCGCAAAGAGGCACUCGAUGAAAGAAUCAUUAAUCGGUAGAUUUGGUAUUUAUGAAGAGAUUGACAACCGAAGACUUUUGAAAGAACUCAAAAAAUAUUAUCAACAAAGCUAUCGAAGUGAAGAUAGAGCAAAACUACAAGACAAUCCACAACCCGCUCAACCGGAGGAUGAUGUUAAUGGACCUACGCCGAUGGAUAUACCCAUCCGUAACAACACAUUGCUCAUUUGGGCAAAACGCGAGUCAAAUUUGCCAAGAACCAAAUUAGUCAUACAAAAUCAACAUUGUAUCGGUUUAAGGGAUACUGGUGCAGAAAUUAGUGGUAUUAUAAGUACAUGUGAUUCAGGGGUAGAUCACGAUCUAAUUAUCGGAUGGGAUAUUAAUGUUUCUCUGCAAGGCCAGGUAGAUGGUAAAAUGAAAACAGUAAAUAUCCAGUUCAAUUACAACAGAAUCAUUAUACCAACUACUCAAGACCCACAGACCAUUAAUGCCAUAGCAAAGUCAAGCAAAGAUACAGAAUUCAUCACCAACAUGAUUCUCUCCGAAUUAAAGACAGUAUGGGGAAAGCCAAUUUCACAAAAAUCGAUCUUGCUUGAGGAUAUUAUCAGAUACCAAUCAAACAAUUUGAAAUACAAGAUGACGUACAAGUGUUAUUAUGAUUCUAUGAUCAUAAUAACGAGUCAAAUGCUUGAAGUUGAACGUUCUCAUGAGUUUCUCAACGAACAUGGACGACCAUAUCAAACAUUAGAAUGGUGUUGGGAAAGAUUGCGUUUUGCAUUAAAAAUUAAGAAAAAGUCAAGCGGUCCAUUUCUCUGCUUAGAAAAUACAAAAAAAAAGACAACUGGUCCAACCGGUCCAACCGGUCCAUUUCUCUGCUUAGAAAAUACAAAAAAAAAGACAACCGUCCAACCGGUCCAACUGGUCCAUUUCUCUGCUUAG